AUGGUGGAGAUUUGCAGUCAAGUAUUGACCCUGAUCUGCUGGAACAUUGCCAGCCGUGUUCUCCAGCGAACAUGGUGGCCCACGAUCCUUCAGUCCGACUCAGUACAAAGCCAUGGUGCCCGACUCUGGAUCUCCCUCAUUUCCUGGGCGGUCCCUAUCAUUUCAGUCCUCAUCGCCAUCGCUGGUGUUGUUACUCCUCUGGGCCUUUAUGAAGAGAUCGAUACACUCGGGAGUAGGCUAGGAUCCUUCUCGUAUAUCAAAGACAGCGGGUCUUUCGGCGCAGCUACAUCGCAGAGAGGGCUUCACAACUUUUCUCGCACCUGUAGCUGGGGUCACAGCCUGCUGGAUCAAGGCCCGGCACCCUGCCCUUACUCUGAGAGCAGCGUUAUUGUCAGCGGAAGCAACCGCACCCUGAACUUCACUAUGCCCUUCGGCAUCGAUUCCAAAAUCAACCUCACCGCGAAGGAAAUAUUCUCCAGCGGAACGAAAGACCGCACAACAAUCUCAAACUUCUUCGACAUUGAAUGGCGGCAGCUUACCGUCAGGAGACGGGCCUUCGUCGAUAACGGCACCGAGGUUGCUGUCGGCGCAUACCGUCAGCUAGAGAGCCACAUCAUGGACCCGAACAUCAAGGUCGUCGAAGGCCUGAUUGUUGACGCGGCUAAUGGUGGUAUUGGUUUCCGGAACCAUACCAUACCCACCAACAUCGAUCAAGGGGCUAGCUGGUCCGAGGACCUGCUGUUUAUUGAGCCAAUCACGAGUUGCGUUGGGCUGAACUUGACGCUCGACUUCGAAGUCAAUUAUACCGUUCCUUCUCCGAGCAUUGACAAUCUCAGACUCACCGACCGCGGGGGGUUCGUAAACAUCAACCGCACGUACCCAUUCUACAACAGCGAGAAUACGCAGGCAAAUCCAGACUUGGAUGGAAGAGCCUACAAAGGAGCCUGGCUUAACAACUUUUGGACUAUGGCAUAUUUGAACGUGACGGCGACGAGUAACAAGACUGUCGGCAGGAAGGCAUGGUCGUACGUGGACUCCCACCUGGGUAAGGAGUUCCCGCUUGACGUAGACGUUCUUACAAGCUACCGAGGGCUCGGGCUCGGCAGAUUCGGCAGUUACCUGGAUCUCAACCAUUUUACUAUUGGUGCAAACCCAUCUGCAAACUGGUCAAAUCCAUUCGGCGUCGACGACAGAAACUUCUCAGACGUUGAGGUACUUUGCAGCGGCGCCGGUAACGCAGACCUCGCUAACAUCUCACACAUUUACGUUGGAUGCGGCCUGCUUCGCGGUGUGCCCCAGAGGGUUGAUGGCGGUAGCAAGCUGGCUGUGUAUGAGAACCACAGCAAAUGGUCUUCUCCCCUUUACUCUUGCGCCGCGGCUGUGCGGACAAUAGUAAAGACAGUCACAUUUACCGCCAACGGCACUGACGGACUCAGCAGUCUUAAGGUCACGUCCAUCAUGCCAAAGAACUACAGCAGCCCCGAGGACUACCCGCUUUGGGGUAUGGAAGAUUCUGGCCUCAGUAUGGAUGGCAUCAGUUCCAUCUGGGGGAUAAUCUCACCCGAGUACGCUUCUCGGCCUAAUGUUUCAACAGUCAAGCAGCGGGAGUUCCAUAUUCCAGGAUAUUCCGCCUCUCUUUCACUCAGCGAGCUUGAACCCUCUCUCGGGUCAACGACGUAUAACUUACCCGGUAGCGACUUUCCAUCAAGUGUGAUGAAACUUCUCUUCCCUUACAAUUCGAAUCAAGGGGCACUUAAUAAGGAGUGGCCAUUCGAUCUGGCUGGUGCGUCGAAUAUGCCCAUCUUUGAACGGUGGCAGGCUCUUUCUGCGGAUGCGACUGGCAUCUCAAAUGUCAUCAAGCUUCUAUGGACCGAUCUUGCGGCUUCAGCGGUGGUUGGAACGAAGGGGACGCUGGGCUCAAUCAAUAACGUGCCGGAAGACGCCGUCGAAAUCUCUAUCCAGGUGUUCGGACGGAGGAUCAAGUAUCACUACGCGUUCGGAAUCCCGGCUUUCCUUCUGCUGUUGGUCAUGUUGUCGAUCAUGCUCGUCUUGCUCGUGACUUCCAUCUCUCAAUCAUCGACUAUUAAUGUUCUUCGACGUCGCCUUCAGCAACUCACUGUUGGCAGAAUUCUCACAACAAUUCUGUACCCUGAGAGCAGUGACCUGGCCAUGUCGAGCAAGGAAUGGAGCAGCGCAAACGGGAGCAAGACAGUCCUUCUGAAUCACGCGCCUCAGAAGACUGCAGUGGCAGAGGAGGAGAAUCUUACGAAGUAUCGAGCAGACACACCGGCUGAAGAGGUGAAAGUAGGAUUGAUGACAAGCGAAAGGAGAGCAGAAUGA